AUGGACGCACAGCAGCCGACGACUGCGUUGAGGCUUGAACCGGUGUCAGACUUGGCAGUCGCUGCGCAGUAUGCAGAUGCUGAGCUGCACUCCGUGAUGGCGCAAUUUGAGAGCUCGGCAAGCGUGGGUGAGACGCUGCCACAAUUAGCCACUGAACCUACAGUCAUUGAAAACGAUUCGGACGAUAAUGACGACAGCUCAGACGAUGACGACGUCAAGAAGGAGCAGGAUGAGCAACGGGAGAUUGAGAAUGCCAAGGAGCGUGCCGCAGAUGCUGCAGACGAGAGCUUAAGUGACGAAGAGGACGAGGACCCUGCUGCAUUGCGGGCAGAGAUCGAAGCGGCUUUGGCGGAGGAAGAAAACAAGAUGAGCGACCCGUUGAAGACGGAGAACGAGGUGUCGGCUGUGCUGGUGCGGACGCCAGGAGUCGAGCUGACCGCGGACUGUCCCAUUGUCAAGUGUGGCACGAUCUUGAACGUGAGUGUGCCCGGUCUUAUGAUGACCAUCAAGUCGACGGCGAACACAAAGUUGCUCGAUGAAGGGAGUGUCUUGUGUCUUGAAGAUCGUACGGUCCUUGGGUGUGUCGAUGAGGUGUUUGGUCCAGUGCUGAUGCCCAUGUAUCUCGUUCGGUUCGAGACGGAAGCCUCGAUGCCCGAGACAGCCACCAAGGAUGCCACUGUUUUCUACGCGACAGAGCACACGACGUAUAUUGACCCCGAGAUGAUCAAGGAUAUAGGCACAGAUGCUUCAGAAAUUUUUGACGAAGAUGCUGAUGAUACCGAGUGUUCGGAUGAAGAUGCUGAGGCGACUUUAGAGCGGGGUGAUAGAAAGCGCAAUCGCGGUAAUGCGCAAGUCACUGGAAACGAAGUCACUGGACCUAACGGUGAACGCGGUGAACGUGGCGGACGAGGAGAACGUGGCGGACGAGGUGAACGUGGAUACCGAAGCGGACGUGGCUAUCGAAGUGGACGUGGAGGAAACUUUGUUGACUAUCAGGCUCGGCAGGAUGCUUCGCCUCGCGUAGAUCGUGGUAGCUAUGGCCAGCAAGCGCCAGUGAUUGUGAAGCCUGGUAUGGCUUCUUUUCCUGCGAGGCAGACGCAGCGUUACGGAGGUGUAACGAAUUAUACGCAGCCAGGCGGUUUUGGCGGUGCAAGGCCACCAGCGGUGUACGGACAAACAAAUUACACGGCCCCACAAGGCAACGGGGUGCCUCUGUCUCCGAUGUCUGGGUAUCACGGACAGGGUUGGCCGCAGGAACAGCAAGCGCGACCUCGUGGAUACUAUGAGCCACCUCCUCCUUUGCACUACAGUGCUCACAGUCUGCCCUCGUACUCCCCACACGCUCAGUCUGCCCAUGGUCCGUACCAGUGGUAUCCCCAGCCACCAGUCACGGCGUACGCACAGCCGCACCAAGCACCUGGCCUACCGUACGGCCGACCUCAUCCACCACAGUACCACCAACCACCACCUCCACCGCUCCCUGCAAACUACGAUGCAAAUGGCCAGCAGCUGCCACCACCACCACCACCGCCGAUGCGACAACCUUACGAUCAACGGCGUUAUUAG